AUGACACUCGGAUCCCAUGGUCAUCUUUAUGUUCCGCUGUACCAGACCCCUAUGAUCCGCGCUUUCCUGAAGGGAAUUAAUUAUUUCAUUCCGCGGUAUGGUUCUUCUCCACCACAGCAAAUAAUCAUGCGACUGGGUAUGAGUGGACUGAAUACCCCGAGCUUGGAGAACGGCAACGCGGACUCGAGGCGAAUCCCGUUCCCAGCCCGGUUAUGA